UGGCUUAGUUUACAUACUUAUCUUACUCAGUUUACGUACUUAUCUUGCUUAGUUUACGUAAUUAUCUUACUCAGUUUAUGUACUUAUCUUGCUUAGUUUACGUACUUGUUUUGCUUAGUUUACAUACUUAUCUUGCUUAGUUUACAUACUUAUUUUGCUUAGCUUACAUACUUAUCUUGCUUAGUUUACGUACUUAUUUUGCUUAGUUUACGUACUUAUCUUGCUUAGUUUACGUACUUAUCUUGCUUAGUUUACGUACUUAUUUUGCUUAGUUUACGUACAUAUCUUGCUUAGUUUACAUACUUAUCUUACUCAGUUUACGUACUUAUCUUGCUUAGUUUACGUAAUUAUCUUACUCAGUUUAUGUACUGAUCUUGCUUAGUUUAUGUACUUAUCUUGCUUAGUUUACGUACUUAUUUUGCUUAGUUUACGUACUUAUCUUGCUUAGUUUACGUACUUGUUUUGCUUAGUUUACAUACUUAUCUUGCUUAGUUUAGGUAAUUGUCUUGCUUAGUUUAUGUACUUAUCUUGCUUAGUUUAUGUACUUAUCUUGCUUAGUUUACAUACUUAUCUUGCUUAGUUUAGAUACUUAUUUUGCUUAGUUUACGUAAUUCUCUUACUCAGUUUACGUAUUUAUCUUGCUUAGUUUAGGUACGUAUCUUACUUAGUUUACGUAUUUACUUUGCUUCGUUUACGUACUAAUUUUAAGCCCAAUCAUGAUGUUUUUCCUAAACCUAACUAAGCGGUUUUGUUGUCUAAACAUAACUGCGACCAUUUCACAGUAACUAUGUGACAUUAAAUGACACUUGAAAAGCCUUAAAUGCGUUCUCAUGAAUGACGUAAUGUCCUUAAAAUGUGAUGCCACUCACACUUCUCUGAGAUCCGGUUGAUGAAUGAUAAAUGUAGCAGGACUUUUGUCGCAUCAUCACAGACAUUUUCAUCAUAUGUCGAUGUCGAUAUUUUGACUGCUUCACCGCUCUCCGCUCAGGUGAAGCCGGCGCCAUGUUGGAGGCGUCGCUGGGCACGAACUUCUCCCACAGCACCUUCGUGUUCAGAGGUUUCCCGGCGCUGCAGAAACACCGCCGGCUGCUGGCACUGCCAUUCUCCGCCUCCUACCUGACGGUGCUGCUGGGAAACUCUCUGCUGGUGUACGUGAUCCACAGCGUGGAGAGUCUGCACAGCCCCAUGUACCUCCUCAUCUGCACACUCUGCGUCGUCGACGUCCUCGUGGUCACCGCCAUCAUCCCCAACAUGCUCCUCAGCUUCCUCUUCGACUGGGACGAGAUCUCAUUGGCUGGCUGCUUGACUCAGAUGUUCUUCACUCACUUCCUGUCCUCACUGGAGUCGACGCUGCUGCUGGCGAUGGCGCUGGACCGCUACGUGGCCAUCUGCCAACCAAUGCGCUACGCCAAAAUCAUCGACUCCUCCAUGUUCGUGAAGCUGCUGCUCUUCACGCUGAUCCGCAGCGGCUCCAUUAUGGCGACGCUGGUCGGUUUGGCCGGUUCACUGCGGUUCUGCGGCUCGAACGCGAUCCGGCACUGCUACUGCGACCACAUGGCGCUGGUCAGCCUGGCGUGCGAUGGCACGGAGAAAAACAGCGCGGCGGGCCUCGCUGUGAUCGUCUGCUUCGUGGGCGUGGACAUACCGCUCAUCUUCUUCUCCUACACGAAGAUCCUGAGCGUCGUGUUGCGAGCCGUGGCGGCCGGCGAGGACCGCUGGAAGGCGUUUCACACUUGUGGCACUCAUCUGAUCGUCAUGAUGUGUUUCUACCUGGUGGGCAGCGUCACAUUCCUCUCUCACAACCUCAACGACCCCAUACCGACGGACGUCAACACCCUCAUGGGACUCCUCUACAUCCUGUUCCCAGCGACAGUCAACCCCGUCAUCUACGGAGUUCGAACUAAGGAAAUUAGAAACGGCUUUUUUAGGAUUUUUAAAGUCCAAGUGAAGAAUAUGAUGACAGUGAAGGUUUCUCCUGCUGGAACAGGACAAACAUGA